UAUCAUGGUUUUCUAGACUGUAAUUAUUGACUUCUUAUUUUGAUGACAUUCAUUAUUAUUUUCGUUUCAAUAUAGAAUUAUCGAAAUUCACCAAACAUGGGGACUAUUCGAAAUGUGGCCAUAGCCAUUCUAGUUCUCUCUUUUUUCACAUUCGUUGCGUUCUUUGGAAGGCUUCCAGCAUUAAGGUAUUCCGUCUUAUCGAAUUUCAUAAAACAUAUGCUUACGGUUUGAAAGGAAUACACCGAUAGGAAGUUUACAUCGAGUGAUAUGGGUCCAUAUUCCUCGUGGAUUUAGGGCUGCUGAUAAGAAGUUAACCAAUGGUCGCCUCAGUGCUUCGAUUGGAAGACUGGCUCACACAUUAUGGAAUGACCGUCAUCCUGUUGUCAUGGUAAGAUUGCUCUUAUUUUUGUUUAAAUUGAGCACCAAGUCAAGUGGCUCGUGUGUUUUAUUCUAUAUCGUUUUGCCGAGUCGUGUGUGCCUUCGAGUGAUAUGCCUCGAACAAGUACAGCUUGUACUAUCGCAUUGACGGUACAUAAGAUCCUUGUGGUAUGCGGCCGGUCUUCAAAUUGUGGGAGUAUCAAGUCCCUGAUCAUGCUAACAAACCUCAAGAUAUUUUUCAUUCUCCUAUUUGCCAUAUCCGAGGUUUUGUUCUUACCUCCAGCAUGGCCACUAAUGAGCACAUCUCGGAAAAUAAAGGCAGUUAUUGCCUUGACAUUACCAUAUGGCUUCCUCUAUCUAGCAGCUUCUCGUGAUCCAGGCUAUAUCACACCUUCAAAUCACGUCCAUCAAAUGAGUAUUUAUCCUUACGACUACACCAUUUUUCAUCCCGGUAACCCUUGUCGAACAUGUCAUUUACUGAAACCUGCCCGAUCCAAGCAUUGUCAUGUUUGCAAACGCUGCAUCGCAAAAUGUGAUCACCAUUGUGUGUUCAUAAAUAACUGCGUCGGUUACAACAAUCAUCAUUGGUUUCUACUUCUACUUCUGACGACUGGUAAUCUCACCAGCUAUGCUGUGUACGUUGGUAAUUCAAUCCUCUCCACUUUCAUUACUGCAGAAUACCCCGAAUGGUCUGCUGUAGGAUUCGGUUUUACAUGGCCUCGUUACUUCUCAAUCUGGGGAUGGGCUCUUCAAGAACAUACCCAGAUUGGCUCUAUAACUCUCUUGUGUUUCCUCUUUACCCCAUUGGUCUACGGUCUCUUCUCAUAUCAUAUCUACCUAAUAUGGUGUGGUACGACCACCAAUGAAAGUAUGAAAUGGUCCGACUGGGGUAUCGAGAUGUCCGAAGGUUACGUCUUCAAACGCGCUCUCUCCGAAAAUAGGGAGAAGAACUUACGAAUAGAACCAGCAUGGACACAUUGGCCAGCGGAAAGUCAACAGAUAGUUUUGCGUACAGCAGAUGGACAGGAUCCUGUUGGGGCUAUUGGAGAUGGAGAAUGGGAACGAGUGUGGAGCUUGAAGGAUGUUGAAAACUUAUAUGAUAUCGGAUUUGUAGAUAAUCUGAAAGAUGUUUUGGUUGGGAGGCAGGGUGUGUAUCAGAGAUUGGAUAGAGAUGAUAAUGUGCCAUUGGAAGGAACGAGAGUAACACCUUCGGAAGAGACGGAUACAUAGUAUUAGUGUAGAUUGAGAUGUGCCAUCGAUUAUCAAUUCAGAACUGCGGCACGAAGAUAAAAUUUUAUCGAUUUUUGAAUGUCAUUUA